UUCUUGCGGUCAAGCCAGAGAAUGUAGAAUUUGGCGCAGGUGAACAGCACUGGCAGAAUCACAGUUAGAAGCUUUAUUCUGUAAAACGAGGGUCUGGCUAGAGAAGUGCCGUCAACUGCAUUUGACACUUUGAUUAAAAGUCUUGACUUUCCUGAAGUUUGCGUGAUUUGGAAGGCCCUUCUUACCACUAAAGCAAUUUCUUUUAGGGACUUAAAAGUUCCUCUUUGGUGAGCUGCAUUCCUGUUGGUUGGCCAUUCCGUUUUACAAAAUAACCAAUGCAGAAUUGCUGCCAAACACCCGGGACAGUAGGAUAAUGGUACACUAAUGAUGGCUGUAAUAUUUUUUUCUGCCUUUUAAUAUUUGAUUGGAUGCUCCUGAAUGUUUUAAGUACACUGGCGACAGUGAUUCCUGCAGACCUGUCCAUGUAAAUAAAUAAAUAAAUAAAAAGGUGCAUCUCUGUUGUAUUUAGUUAUUAACAAAGUCAAUUAAAGACAAUUAAAUUAAACCAAACUCUUGAUAUCUGUGGGAUUUCAGAGUAAAUAUGCUGUAAUGUGCAUAACCUGAUUAUAGAUGCUUCUGUGCUGAAGGGAGCUUGUAUCUGGGUGUUUGCAUUUGCUGUAGCACCUGUACCUAAGAUGGCUUCACGGGGACUCACUGCACUUUUACGAUAACUGGUGUAGUUGAAGGCGUUGUCUCCAGCAGAGGAGACGUAAGGCUGGGUUUGCCCUGAUUCAUCUGCCCUGCACCUUUGUGUUUAGCUGUGGGUUUUGUGCUGUUAUUUCAGUCCUGGGAUAUGUCAACAUAUGCCAGCUGUCAUUGGAUUUUCUAAUGAUAUUCAAAUUUCGUAACAAACUUUUUUUAGCUGGUUGUUUGGCUGAAUUAUUUUGUCAUUUCUAACAUGUGUUUCUGGGUAUUAGUUGUAGGUUACACUGCAGGGAGACAAGAAGAAAGAGAAAGUUGUUGUACUUGGGUGGACUCGUGACAACUGCCACAUCGCUGAGAGUCCCCACCCUCUUCGGCCAGACUAGGCUUCAGGCUUCUCUGAAAACUGCAGGCCUCUUCCACUCCUACUCAAGGUGAACCCUCCAGCAGAAUGACGGUAGCCACCGGGGAUCCGUCCGAUGAGGCGGCGGCCCACCCGGGUCACCAGCAGGACUAUGAUCCAGAGGCCGACCACGAGUGCUGCGAGAGGGUGGUCAUCAACAUCUCAGGGCUGCGCUUCGAGACGCAACUCAAAACCCUCGCCCAGUUCCCCGAGACUCUGCUUGGGGACCCAAAAAAGAGGAUGCGCUACUUUGACCCUCUGAGGAACGAGUACUUCUUUGACCGGAACCGACCCAGCUUCGACGCCAUCCUGUACUACUACCAGUCGGGAGGGCGUCUACGGCGACCAGUCAAUGUGACUUUGGAUGUUUUCUCAGAGGAGAUUCGUUUCUAUGAGCUUGGUGAGGAGGCCAUUGAGAUAUUUAGGGAGGAUGAGGGCUUUAUUAAGGAGGAGGAAAGGCCUUUGCCCGAAAAUGAGUUUCAGAGACAAGUCUGGCUGCUUUUUGAGUAUCCUGAGAGCUCAGGGCCUGCUAGGAUUAUUGCCAUCAUAUCUGUGAUGGUAAUCCUCAUCUCCAUCGUAAGCUUCUGUUUAGAGACGCUGCCAAUUUUCCGAAACGAUGAAGAGGAGAUGCACAAGUCCUACCAUCCCUUCUCCAACACAACCUCCAGGUACCAGCCCACCUACUUCACCGACCCGUUCUUUAUUCUGGAGACCCUCUGCAUCAUCUGGUUCUCCUUUGAGUUCCUGGUGCGCUUCUUUGCAUGUCCAAGCAAGGCUGGCUUUUUUGUCAAUAUCAUGAACAUUAUUGACAUUGUUGCCAUCAUCCCCUAUUUUAUCACCCUGGGCACAGAGCUGGCAGAAAAACCUGAGGAUGGCCAGCAAGGGCAACAAGCUAUGUCUCUAGCUAUCCUGAGAGUCAUUAGGCUGGUCAGGGUGUUCCGAAUCUUCAAGCUAUCCCGGCACUCCAAGGGACUGCAGAUCCUGGGCCAGACCUUGAAAGCCAGUAUGCGUGAGCUUGGUCUGCUCAUCUUCUUCCUCUUCAUUGGAGUCAUUCUUUUCUCCAGUGCUGUCUACUUUGCCGAGGCAGAUGAGGCUGAGUCACAGUUUAUCAGCAUCCCGGACGCCUUCUGGUGGGCCGUGGUUUCCAUGACCACAGUUGGCUAUGGAGACAUGGUCCCCACCACCAUUGGGGGUAAAAUUGUGGGAUCGCUGUGUGCCAUCGCCGGCGUGCUGACCAUCGCCCUGCCCGUGCCCGUCAUUGUCUCCAAUUUCAACUACUUCUACCACCGUGAGACAGAGGGUGAGGAACAAGCCCAGUAUCUACAGGCCCCACCCAAGGCAGAUUCUACUGAGGACCUGAAGAAGAGCCGUAGUGGCUCCACCAUGAGCAAGUCAGACUACAUGGAGAUCCAGGAGGCAGUGAACAACAGUAGUGAGGACUUUCGUGAGGAGAACCUCAAGACAGGCAACUGCACACUUGCUAACACCAACUAUGUCAACAUAACCAAGAUGCUCACGGAUGUAUAACCACCACCAGAGAGACUGGGGCAGAGCUGGAGGUGGAGUGGGGGACACAGAUAGCAAUAGAGGGAAUCUUGAACAUUGAUUUGGUGGAUCGAAGAGAUGAGAAGCACAAAGAGUAAGCAGAGAACUUGCAAAAUUCCUGCACCCCCUCCUUUCCACAGUCUACCCACCCAGUCCAUCCACCCCGUAUUCUCCAUCUUGUCAGGUCCUUCUUAGCUCUGCUUCUUUUUAGGGUCUGGAAGGAGCUAAUUUUUGGGGUGUGUGCGUGUGUGUGACACUGGUUAAUAGUCAAUGUUUUGCUUGCAGCAGUAGCCAAACAGUAGCGCAACAAAGAGAAGCAUAGCCUUGCGGAAAGCUGACUCCUGUCCCUGCACCCUUCCUCCAAGCUUUGCUCCUAAUAUCUCCUCCCAUGCACCCAUCUCUGUGCUCUCUCAGAUCGCAUUCAAUUACACCUCCAAAGAAUACCUUCCCUUUUUUUUGCCGUCCAUGGCUUCCAUGAAAAAAAGUAAUACAGACGGUCUCAUACAGUCAUGGAGAAAGGCUACAAGGAGGACUGAGGGGUGAUAUAGCAGCCAAUCCAAGGAACAUUUUAGUGCACGAUAAAUGAGAGACACUUGGUGAUAGCCGUGAGUAACUCACUUACAGGGUCGACAAUUGCUUUUUUCUUUCAGCAGGCAGUGAUAUCCAACCUCUAUGACCAUCUGGCUAUGUUCCUCCUGCCAUGACCUCAGCUACUUGGAAAAUUGGUGUGGAUGUUUUUCUUACUGUGGGGUCUAUUCAUUUUUUAUUCUUAUUUUUUUAUUUUAUUUUGUCUCAUUGGUCCUUCUUAGUGUGCCUCCUGAUACUGCAUGAGCCUCGAGAUUUGCAACGGGAGUAAGCUAGGUUGGUUUCUCCUCUUCCUCCCAGCAGGGACAUGUUGCAUUGCCCUGUCUCUCUUCCUGAGGUAACAAAACUAAGGGGAAAAGACUUCCAAGUGCUUUAAAAAAAGACUUAAAAAUCAAUGAGCUUGGAUUACUUAAUUUUAUGUUACUUUCACCACCACUUUCUCCAUUUUGUCCCAUUCUCCACUGUCUGUAUCACAUACCAUAUUUAUAAAUCUCCCAAGCAGAGAUUGAGGGGAUCAUAUUGACAUUUAACCAACAUCACCGAUGAAUGAAGUGAUGAGUCAGCUCACUUCGGCUCACAUUUAUCGCAUCACUUCCCUUUGACUUAUCAAUGCAAUUAUAUAUUUUUUAUAACUCGUGUGGUAUCCAGAUAUUUUUUUUUCCCAGUUCAGUUCUUUCAUUCUCAAAACCACGAAAUGUUUUUGGGCUUAUAAAUAAAGGAGCUGCCUUCCCCUGAACUGCUUUUUGAAAAAGAAAAAGAAAAAAAAAAAACACAGAAGCUGUUCUGAUAUUGUACUUUUGCAUGAUCAAAACACAUUCCUUGUAGCAUGCAUUUCAGUAUGAAAGAAUACUGAAAGUGAAUAAUAAACAAUAAUAAGAUUAUUAGUAAUAAUUCUCUAUAUCUAGCUAAAUAUAUUUUUUAUCCCAGAUAUCA